CCCACUUUUCUAGGAAUACUGGUGUCGAGCCGCUAUUAUUCAGCCGAUUGUAGAGGAAUAAAAAAGGUGAUUGGGGCGUGGGGCGAACGUAAAUCUCAUGCGUAUAAAAAGGCUGCAAUUUCAACGACUUGUAUUCAGUCUUCAAUUAGAACUUACACUUCGACAUUUUAGGUAGAUCCUUUAACCAACCUCUAUUUUUCAAGAUGAAAUUCUUCGUAAUUGCCUUUGCAGCGUGUAUCGUCAGUGCUUUUGCAGGAAUUACUGACGAACAAAGAAUGAAAUUAAAGGAAUACAAAACUGCUUGUAUUGCUGAAACCGGAGUUGACGAAGCCGUUAUUGACAACGUCAAAAAUGGAAACCAAGUUGAAUUUGACGAUAAAAUGAACUGUUUUUCGGCUUGUAUGUUCAAGAAGGUUGGAAUCAUGAGACCAGAUGGCACUAUUGACGAUGAAGUUGCGAGGGCUAAAGCACCUCAAGAUUUACCGAUGGACAAAGUAGAUCAAAUUAUUGAAACGUGCAAAGCUCAAGUGGGAAAAGAUAAUUGCGAGACUGGAGGCAAAAUCAUGAGUUGCCUUUUGAAAACUAAAACCGGUACCAUCUUGGAUUAA